CGCCGCCAUCUCGGGGCCGGAAGCGCUCCCGAGCCCGCGCGCGCGCUCUCGCGUGUCCAGGCGCCCGAGAAGUACCCCCAACUCCUUCCCUGCUGCGCGCGUGCGCGCGCUCGUUCCUGGGCCCCGGUCCGAGAGUUCCUCGACGGCCGCGCGCGCCGCUCAGCCAGGUCCCCGCCCCCAGCACGCGGGCUCCCGGGGCACCUCAGCCAUGUGCUCGCAAGCGUCGGGCGCUACCGGCGGCCGGGGCGCCGUGGAGGACGAGGAGGACCUGCCGGACCUGUCAGACAGUGGGGACGAGGCCGCCUGGGAGGACGAGGACGAUGCUGAGCUCCCCCACGACAAGCAGCAGACGCCCUGCCUGUUCUGUGACAGGUUAUUUACAUCUGCUGAAGAAACAUUUUCGCACUGUAAGUCUGAGCAUCAAUUUAAUAUCGAUACCAUGGUCCAUAAACAUGGACUUGAAUUCUAUGGAUACAUUAAACUAAUAAAUUUUAUUAGGCUUAAGAAUCCUACAGUUGAGUAUAUGAAUUCCAUAUGUAAUCCAGUGCCUUGGGAAAAAGAAGAGUAUUUGAAGCCAGUAUUAGAAGAUGACCUUUUACUUCAGUUUGAUGUAGAAGAUCUUUAUGAACCAGUGUCAGUCCCAUUCUCAUUCCCCAAUGGACUCAGUGAAAAUACCUCUGUUGUUGAAAAAUUGAAACAUAUGGAAGCCAGGGCACUGUCUGCUGAAGCUGCAUUAGCUAAAGCGCGUGAGGAUCUUCAAAGAAUGAGACAAUUUGCUCAGGAUUUUGUGAUGAACGCAGAUAUCAGAACCUGGUCGGCAUCUACUACUGCCAUUGCAGACCUUCAGGAGGAUGAGGAUGGUGUUUAUUUCAGCUCAUACGGGCAUUAUGGGAUACAUGAAGAAAUGCUAAAGGACAAAAUACGAACAGAAAGUUACCGAGAUUUUAUAUACCAAAAUCCACAUAUCUUCAAAGACAAAGUAGUUUUGGAUGUUGGUUGUGGAACUGGAAUUCUCUCUAUGUUUGCUGCUAAAGCCGGGGCAAAGAAGGUUCUUGGAGUUGAUCAAUCUGAAAUCCUUUACCAGGCAAUGGAUAUCAUAAGAUUAAAUAAACUUGAAGAUACUAUCAUACUAAUUAAAGGAAAGAUUGAAGAAGUUCAUCUUCCUGUAGAAAAAGUGGAUGUUAUUAUAUCUGAGUGGAUGGGUUAUUUUCUUCUUUUCGAAUCUAUGUUAGAUUCUGUUCUUUAUGCAAAGAACAAAUACUUGACAAAAGGAGGAUCAGUCUACCCUGAUAUUUGCACUAUCAGCCUUGUGGCAGUAAGUGAUGUGAAUAAACAUGCUGAUAGAAUUGCUUUUUGGGAUGAUGUCUAUGGCUUCAACAUGUCCUGCAUGAAGAAAGCAGUUAUUCCAGAAGCUGUUGUGGAAAUUUUAGAUCCAAAGACUCUUAUUUCAGACGCUUAUAGUAUUAAGCAUAUAGAUUGCCAUAAAACGUCUGUCUCAGAUUUGGAGUUUUCUUCAGAUUUUACCCUGAAAAUCACAAAGACAUCCUUGUGCACGGCAAUUGCUGGCUACUUUGAUAUAUAUUUUGAGAGGAAUUGCCAAAACAGGGUCGUGUUCUCUACGGGCCCCCAGAGUACCGAAACACACUGGAAACAAACAAUAUUUCUAUUGGAAAAGCCAUUUUCAGUUAAAACAGGUGAAUCCUUGAAAGGAAAGAUCACGGUCCAGAAGAAUAAGAAAGAUCCACGUUCUCUCAUUGUGACCCUGACAUUGAAUAAUUCAACUCAAACUUAUGGUCUCCAGUGAAAAAGCCAUGAAAGCACAACUAACUUUCUGGGGUUUUUUUGUGGGGGUGGGAGCAUUGUGGGUGUAGGGGGAGCAGUUUUAUGUGAGCACAUGGAUGAUUGAUCCUUUCCUAAUGAGUCUCCUCAGUAGAAUUGUGGCAGGAAUCCAAUGUAAUACAGCCAAGGAAGGGAAUCCACUGGUCCUAGUGAUCCACCUACAUAACCACAUUCUUGGAAGUCUAGUUGGUGAGAUUUAACCAAACCAAAUGUGACCCCUACAUUAAGUUUAGCUUUAUUGAAAAUCAUUUCAAUUGGCCUACAUAUGGAACAGACAUGGUCUUUGUUAUUGUUUUAAAAGUUCCUAUUAUAAAUUUUAAACAGUACAUAGUUGUUAUUUGGGUAAUGUUUUAUUAAACUAGUAACUACACACAAGGCAUUGCACAUUUUAUUGCAGAUUUCCUCUCUGAGGAGGAGUAUUUGUUAGAAUAUCAGUAUAUAAUAGAUUCAAGACCAAGUGUAAGGGACUAAAAUAUGGAAAAGCGCAUCACACAAAUCAUACGAUUAUUUUGUAGUGCUGUAGUUUUCAUUUUGUAGCUUUGCAAAUAUACUUUAGCCAUUUAAUUUUCUAGCAUUGCCCAGGAAAUCUAAUUUCAAUAUGUUUAUUAUAGGUUUCACAAAAGUUUUUAAAGUUUGGGAUAAAUGUGUACUUAUUUACUAACAUAAUGCCUUCUUCAAACUAGAUUUUUGUGCAAAGCUAAAUGUGUAACUGUUGAUCUAUCACUCUUUACAAUUGUGUCAUUUAUCGUUGACUCAGUUUGAAACGCAGAAUAGAAAACAUUUAAUAAAAUGUAUACAACAGCCAUUAGCAUUAUAAAAUGACAUUUCAAAAUAUUAAGGCCUUUUAUAAAAUCAGAAGCAUAAAAAUUUUAUUAAAGUACUUGACAUACAAUAUUACAUUAGUUUCAGAAGGUGUGCAAUAUAGUGAUGCACCAUUUAUUAUAAACAUAAAAUGAUCCUCACAAUAAGUCUAGUAGCCAUCUGUCACCAUAAAAUGUUAUGGUGUAAUUGACUAUAUUCCCUGUGUUGUACACUACAUUCCUGUGGCUUAUUUUAUAACUGGAAGUUUAUAUCUCAUCCCCCUUCACCAUUUUCACCCAUUCUUCCUGCCCCCCUCCCCUCUGGUAACCAUCAGUUCUCUGUAUCUAUGAAUCUGGUUUUGUUUUAGAUUCCGUAUAUAAGUGAAAUUAUCUGGUGUUUAUCUUUCUCUAGCUGACUUAUUUCAUUUACCAUAAUACCCUCUAGGUCCAUCCAUGUUGUCAAAAAUGGUAGGAUUUCAUUCUUUUGUAUUUCUAAGUAAUAUUUCAUUGUGUGUAUAUACUUCAUCUUCUUUAUUCAUUUAUUGAUGAAUACCUAAGUUGCUUCCAUAUCUUGGCUAUCUUAUAUAAUAAAACCCUAAUAUGCAAAUCUACCAAAUGGUGGAACGACUGGCCACUAUGAUCCACACUGACCAUCAGGGGGCAGACACUCAACACAGGAGCUACUCCCUCGUGGUCAAUGUGCUCCCACAAGGGGAGCACCGCUAAGCCAGAAGCCGGGCUCACGGCUGGGGAGCGCAGUGUGGUGGUGGGAGCCUCUCACCCCUCCGCUGCAGGUGGGCGGUAAGGAGCGAGGGGUCCCAGACUGCAAGAGCCCCGGACAUCCCUUGAGGGGGUCCCGGACUGCGAGAAGGCGCAGGCUGGGCUGAGGGACAUCCCUCCACCCCCCAGUGCACGAGUGUUGUGCACUGGGCCUCUAGUUGUAAAUAAUACUGCCGUGAACAUAGGGGCGCAUACGUCUUUUCAGAUUAGUUUUUUACUUUUCUUCGUGUAAAUACCCAGAAGUGGAAUCUCUGGGUCUUACAGUAGUUCAGUUUUUAAUAUUUUGAGGGAUCUCCAUACUGUUUUCUAUACAACAGUGCAGGAGGAUUCCUUUUUCUCCACAUCCACACCAACACUUGUUAUUUGUUGACUUUUUAAUAAUAGCCAUUCUGACAGGUGUGAGGUGAUCUCUCAUUGUAGUUUUGAUUUGCAUUUCUCUGAUGAUUAGUGAUGUUGAGCAUCUGUUCAUAUGUCUGUUGGCCAUUUCUAAAUUGGGUUGUUUGGGAUUUUUUGAUGUUGAUAAACAAGUCUUAAAGGAAUUGUUUUUUUAAAAAAAUAGGGAUUUUUAAAGAGGUGGGUCACAUGCUUCUUUUCAGUUCAAUCACUGGCAUUUUGUUUUUUUGUUUUGUUUGUUUCAAAACAAAACAGAGGCAAGGCCACAGUGGUAAGAAGUAUGAGCUCUGGAGUCAGUGUGUAGGUUGAAGCCGUGGUUCUGGGUCUUACUUGCUAUGUGAUCUUAGUCACAUUCCUAACGUCUCUCUCCCUCCAUGAAUGUGCCAAUUCAUGAGUUAAUGCAUUUCAACUACUUAGAUCAGUAGUUACCAUAUUGGAAACAGUCCAUGGAAGUGAUAGGUCAUCAUCAUCAUAGUCAAGAAUCCCUCCAAAGAAUAUAUGACAUUUACAUUAGUUCAGUUGGAGAAUUGUCAACCUCAUUAAAAACUAGCCUACUACAUGAAUGGGUGGGAAGAUUACAACCGAAAUUAAUAUUUAAUAUAGCAAAAAUUGUAUUGAAAAGAAAUUGUCUUUUGGUCUUUAUUUGAGAACUAGACUUAUAACCCGUCAAACGAUGGUAUUUCAGACCAUAGUCUCUUAAGUUAUUCUUCAUGAGCAUGAUUUUUCUUUUCACUGGGUUAAAUCAGCCAGCUUGUUUUCAAUGUGAAUUUGUAUUCAGACCAUUACUGGAAAUGUAUGGUGCAGAUAGUACAGCUCAAAGUACUUGCAAUUUUGAACAAAGUUGAGUGGGGUGGGGUGAUAAAACAAAAAUCAGGAAGCCUGUAAGAAGUUUAAUAGAUUGUUAAAGUAACAAAAACUAUCUAAUUUUUUAUUUUGUUUUUUUUUCUUGUAUGUACAUAACCAUUGUUUUCUGCUACUUAAAAAAGUUUUAUCAAAAAUGAUUAUUCUUCAAAAUUCUUGUUUAAUUUUCAUGGGGUUUUUACCCAGUGGCUCUUGAUUGUUUUCUCCUAGCUAUAACUAGCCCAACCAUAGUUUGUGUACCUAAACAUUUUAUGAAAAUUUCAGAGUCCAAAUAUUAGCUCUUCAUCUGGAAUUUCUGCCAUUGAACUGCUGUGAAAAAUAAAUACUUUGUCACCCUUGACAGAGGUAACAUAAUGUCCUUUCAUGCUGUGACAGAUGGGCGUUUAUUCAUAGCAAAUUACUCUGUCCCAAGGAUUCUCUUUUAUUUCCAUUAAGAAAUUUUUUUUUCCCAUUUUACUUUGUGAACAUUAACAUUAUAAUGUUGUGAUAUGUGGAGUUCAUUCAAGUAGAACAGUCAUCUCUUUUGAGUAGAGCAGUAUUUUCUGAACGGAGCAUUUUGGAAGGAAUCUUCCAAGAAAACAACUCUGCAGGUGUGCAGCAUUGCACAAGUGGUCCAAAGUAGCCCCGACUGCCAGGAACAAAUAAGUCAUGGAGUUCUCAUUUAUUGCUUAAAGAAUUUAUGUCUGAUGCAUAGGGCAAAUAAUUCUGAUCCAAUCGGUGAUAGCCAUUGUCCUGCAAAAGAAAAGAGUAAGCUUGUUCAAAUAAAACAACGAUAGAAUUUUUCACUAAGAUUCAGGUUUUCAAAUUAGAAUUUCGGAAAACAUGUAUCCACCACCGUGAGCUUGCUGGCUCUUAAAAAGACUGAGAAUAGUCAUACAAGGAAGGAAAAAUAUUUUUUUUCUACCCUUUUAAGUUCUCUCAACUGGAACCUCUGUAACAAAGAUUAGCCAGAGAAAUGCAUUUAAUAGAAGUUUUACAUGACACAGGAGCCUUCAGAAGGAAAUAAAGACCUGAAGAAACAGUUGCACCUGACUUUUUAUGCCAGGUUUGCUGAAGAGUGUCAAGUUGUGGGAAGAUGUGACAGGAAAAGGUGUGGUCAGUAUAGUAAAUAGGGGCAAACUUAUCAAGGCCCGAUCAUUCAGAUUCCUCUCUGUCCCUUCAUUUUUGGAAAUACUCCUUUCCUGCCGGUGUAGGGAGGCACCUCUCACAGAAGGGUUUUAUGAGCGGCUUCAGGGGAAGGUCAGAAAGUCCUUCAUGAAGGUGAGAGGAAUCAUACAGACAGAUCAAAUAUAUGUUCUCAUGGUGGCUGUUGAACACUGGGUUCACCUGUUUACAGGGAAGCAUCAAGUCAUAAGAGUUAACAAAAGAGAAAAAGAAAAGGUCAUCUUUCAUUCCUCACAUUCCAUGAGCUUGAAAUAUUCAGUAUGCUAAGUUGCUGUAUUUUGUGGUAGUGUGCUCUAUACCUGGUCAGCAAUAACAACUGGUGAUUUUUUUUAUCCUGGAUGACAAAAUGAAUCAACAUUUUGAAGAUCUGCAUCACUCAAAGAACUAAUAUCCUGCUCCCCCCCCCCCAAAAAAAUUGUGUAAUGUCACAAAUAUCCAUUCAAAGUACAAGAUAAAUUACUGGAUUCUAAUGAAACAAUAAAAGUUUAUUGAUAAAGUUUUAGGUUUCACAUUGCCACUGGCCUUUAAGAAACUACCUGUCAAGCUUGGACUUAGUAUUCAAGAAGAUUAUAUGAGGCUAUAUUUUCCUUAUGAAUCUCAACCAAAACAAACAGACUGAAUGCAGAAGCAGGUAUAAGAAUACAGCUGUGUCCUUUCUACUAAACCAGGUAAUAGAGAUUUGUAAAAAUGCUAAAUAACACUACUCUUACUAAAUAUUAUUUUUGGGAAAAAAAUUUCAUUAAAAGUUACUUCUCAAUGAGAUUUCUCUGUCCAAUUUAAAGUUGUAAAACCCAUACUCCUCCUCCCCCUCCACCCCCCUCCCUCCUCCUAUUCUCCUAGCACUUACUGCUAUUUAGUGUACUAUCUGUAUUUUACCAGUUUGUCUUUUUUAUUUCUUUUUCCUUCCACUAGAAUAUGAGCUCCAGGAGGAUAGGGA